AUAAAGCUGUGUUUGGAAGCCAUAGAAAUGAUACAAGAGAGUCAUUCUCCAGAUCUACUUUAUAUUGCAAUUUAUACGAUGAGGUUGGGUUCGUAUGAAAUGAAGGCCUCAAGACUUGAAGCGUCUAUAACCCAUUUGCAAUCUUCCUUAUCAUUUUUGCAAGACACACUACCUACUAGUCAUCACACCGCAGAUUGUCAUUUUUACCUUGCUACGUCGUUUCUUGCUAUGAAAGAAGCGUCCCAAUCCAGUCUACAUGUAGAGAAAUGUCUUGAGAUACGAAAGACGAUUUUUCCAGUUGGUCACAGCAAAAUAGGGGAAGCCGAGUGUCUCAAAGAACAAAUUAAAGAGCUGAAUGAAAAUGCAAGUGACUGACAUGAUAUUCUUACUUUUCUGGUUAUAAUUAUGUGUUACGGUUUGCUUGUGCAUGUUCCUAUUAAUAUUGAUGGGAUUGGUUUGCAUGUCGCACAAACUCUCUAGGUAU